CUAGUGACAAGAUGGCGACCAAGAACUGCUUGAACACUGGAAAACAAUAGAGACAGCGCAAUUGGGCAGAGUUUAUUUCUUCACCGUUUGAUUUCUAUUUUUCGUGUCGUCCUAAACCGUGGCACGGGAGUCGGCUGCGUGUAGUUUAAGACUUUUAAAGCAGACUUGAAUGAAAAUCUUUGUUUUAGUGCUAGUUAGCAGGCAGGCUAAGCUACAUCCGUAGCUGUAAUGUAACUGAGGAUCAGCUGUUAGACGCACUGCUACUUUAAAAGUUACUUUUACUACUAAACGUUCAUAUGAAUCCUCUAACUUCGAAUUUUUACGCUGGGUGGAUAUAAUAUAUUUGUUUUGGUCGGUCACUUUCUUACGUUUCUUCGCUGUUUUUUCUCAAGUGCGUCUUUUCGCAAACUUUAAAUGGGGCGAAAAGUCUUUUAAAAAUAUUUAAAAAAUAUAUACAGAAAAUAAACAGGAAAAAGCCGCGUGUUUCUUUCAAAAACACCUUUUUGUGUAAUGUUAUGUAAUUCGAACUAAAGUUUAUAAAGAUAGAGAUUACUUGAUUAAAAGUUUUGAAUUUUCUUAAACGAUCCGUUGCAUUAUUUUAAUGUCUAAACAAAUGUAACUUAAAGAUAACAUGAAUAAUUUAUUAGCGAUGGCUAAUUCUUUCAUUCAUAAAAUCACAGUUUUUACUUCAUUGUGGUUUGUGGUAGGACUCUGAGCUUGAAUAUUUCCACCAGUAAGUUAGAUAAGAGUUUCAGUGAUUUGUGUGUGUGUGUAUUAGUUUGUUUAGUUUAGAGAAUUACUUGGACUUUUUUUUUUAAAUACAAGAGCACAAAUCUCAACUAUGUGCCAUUUCUUUUGUUAUAUAAGGAGGCAGAUAGUGAUAAAAAUGGAGGCAGUUGAGUGUGUUUUGUAAAGACACACACUCAUACUCCAACACACACACUGAAGCAGAGUUGUGCUGGUAUCCGGACACUCGAGUGAGUUUAUAAACACGCUGUUGUUCUGGAUGAUGGCGGAUUUCGUGGUGCCGCAGCACAGCGCGGUGAUGGAGCGGCUCCGGCGGCGGAUCGAGCUCUUCCGGCGGCAUCACAGCAGCUGCGAGAACCGCUAUGAUAACACGGCCAUGGAGCGGCUAGAGAUGGAGAGGCAGCAGACGUUCGCCCUGCAUCAGCGCUGCCUGCAAACCAAGGCCAAGCGCUCGAACAAGCACCGGCAGCCGCCGGCGGCGAGCGCGGACCCGGCGGGGCAGAGAGGCACUGGGAGCGGGGGCAGUAGCGCCGAGUUGGCGGACGGUGGCAACGGGACGCCCGGGGAGCAGAGCAGAAACAGCACGCUGAUCGCGCUACAGGAGACUGUGAAGAGGAAGUUGGAGAAUGCAGGUUCUCCUCUGGGCCGAGACCAGGUCAACGGUUUCAAUGAUGGUUACCCAACUUCUAAAAAGGCCUGCGUGGAGGACGCACUCUCUGGUCUUAACGGGGUCUCAAACGGCACUGUGCCUCCUCGCUCACCCUUGGACACCAAACAUAACGUGAGUACAGACUCCAUGGUGCCCAAUGGGAACCACAGAGCACCUGGCUCAGAGCACAAUGGAACAAGUAGAACAGAUAACGGUGCCCCACGUGGUUCAGAGUUCGAUUUUCGUCUGAAAGAAAUGAAGCAGGAGCCAGUGGACGAUAUCUUGCCCUGCAUACUGCCUACUGGAGGUGCGAAUGGCAACAACAGCCUGUUCCCUGACCUCAACCUCAAUGAUCAAGACUGGAGUGAGAUCAUGGAAGAGUUCAACCGCUCCGUACCCUAUGAGGAAAUUCAAGAGCUCUUCAGUGAUGGCUUUGGAGAUCGCAAAGACCCUGAUAUCCUGUCUGGGGGUGCAACUCAGAGCUUGAUGCCUCCAGAUCUGGCCAGUGUGAAGACAGAGUUUUCCCCUGCCACGGCUACCUCCGCCUUCGAUCAGGACUCUUGCACUGGUUCACCUCAAGUGAGACCCACCUCAUCCGUGCCUCCGCUACACACCAAUUCCCCUGUAACUGCCCCAGUAACCUCUACAGCCUCCUCGCCAGCACUUCCGGUGCCUCAACUUCCACAACAGCCCCCCAUUCAGUCUGCUAGACCACUCCAGAAUCACCUGCCUGGUCCACCCAAAGACCUUUCCCCUGCACAACAGCUGCAGCAGUUAGCGGCACGUGAACAGCAGCGAGCGCAAAUACUACAAAGCCAGCAGCAGCACGUGGUUCCGAAACAACCACAACAAAAACCGCAGCAACAGCAAGCUGUAAAAUUCCACCAGCAGCCCAACCACCCCUCAUCCUGGCCCCAAAAUGCACCCACACAAAGUCAACUGGGUGGGGCAUUUAGCCUGGAGAAGCCCACAAGCCCUUCCUUGUACCCUCAAGACUUCCCCAACCCCAAGACUCUGCUCAUACCGGGCCAGCAGCCCAACAAGGGCUCUCCCAAAGCAGGCACGCCAGCUGGGUACAUGCAGUCCGGAGGCCACGGCAACAUGCUAAGCCACGCAGCAGCUCCUAGUGGGCCACUUAGCCACCUGGCUAACCCAGGGACUCAGGCAGCCAUGUUGGACUACAGUAACACUAAACCCUUGUCCCAUUAUGAGGCCGGAACGCCAGGGGCCCCCAGGGGCCCGCCCAACACACAGAACCAGAACAAACAGACCCAAGCCAUCCUGUAUUUGAUGCGACACCAGCAGUUGCAGAAGCAGAGGCCGACAGGCAUGAACUUCAGACCAUCUCACCUACAGCAUGCUCAGGAGUCAGGGUCCUACCCCACCGCUGCUCAUGUUCCUGGUCCCGGCAACACCAUGACGCCACAGCCGAGCAGCAGCAACAUCCCUGGUAACCAUGGUAAUGCGGCCUACAUGAAGCAGCAACAGCAGAUGCAGUUGAUGAGUCAGCAGCAGAAACAGUUCCUCCAGAGACAGAUGAUGGCUGAACAGGAGAAACAGCGGCAGCAGCAGGAACAGCAGUUACAGAGGCACCUGACCCGUCCCCCGCCCCAGUACCAGGACCAACAAAGCCAGCAAGCCCAGCAGAAUCCAUUCCAGCAACAGCAGCAGGUCUCCCAGUUCACAGGUGCAACUCCCUGCUUGGCUCAGCAGCACCCCUCCGGCUUUACAGAACACAACAUCUCUGGUGCAUCUCAGCCAAUUGGAAAUGUAAACUCUCUCAGUGGCCCUGUGCCAGGAGCUCAAAGAAUGUUCUCUCAGACACCAGGUAUGAUGGGAAUGAGCGUGGGCCAAAGCGCUGUCCCGGCUCCUGGUGCCCCUUCGGGUGCCAGUCAAGCAGACAUGAACCUCUCAUCUUGUGGAGGUGGUCUUGAUGUUCAACAAGUCAUGUACAGCAGCAUGUCCAUGCACCCCUCCCACCCCAACCAGCAGAGACCACCUGUAUCAGCCAUGUCUGCGGCCUACAGACAAAGUGUUCUAGCAGCCCAGCAGCAAGCACAUUUAAAGAACCAACCCAAUGCCGCCCUGUUAAAACAACAACAGCAGCAGCAGCAACAGCUCGCUCGUUUGCCCAACAGCAUGCCCAAUGCAAUGGCGAAUAACAUGGGCACUGCUAUGCCCACCUCCAUGCCGAAUAGUAUUCAGGGUGCUUUGCCUACACAGACCCAACCCUGGCAGCAGCAGCAGCAGCCUCAACAGCAUCCGGGUCUCCAGCAGGGGAUGGGUGCCCAGCUUGGCUCCGCUAAUGGAGGCAAUCCCGCCGGUUUCGCCAAGUCUGGUUUCCACAUGCAGUCUAGGAUGGCCAAGCUACCGAACAACACCCUGUUUCCCCAGAGUGGAAUGGGUAACAGCGUGGCAGGUAGGGCUUUGGCGGGCAUGAACCCUGCUCAUAUGAUUCCUAACAUGAACCAACAACGGACCAAUAAACCCGCCAUGGGGCAACAAUUGCCCCCUCCCACCCAGCAGGCACCUCAGCAAAGGCAGCCACAAGCGCCCCCUCAAACCCAGCAGGUUUUGCCUGACCUGGGGCACUUUAGACAGUCGCAAACAGGACAGGUGCCCAACCGCACCGCAGGACUCCAGUGCAACCAGGCGUAUCAGCUUAACAGGACAGCCAAUCAGCAACUGCAGUUCGGCUACAGCAACCAAUCAGGUGGCAGCUUGACAGGCUUCCCUGGUGAGACCGACCUGGUGGACUCGCUGUUAAAGAAUCAGUCAACCCAAGAGUGGAUGGACGAUUUGGAUGAGCUAUUGGCCAGUCAUCAAUGAGUGAUGCCAAUGGGCCAAUUACAGACCUUUGUAAGGGGCUGUUUAGACUGAACUCGUUUUUGAUAGAUUCAACAACAAAAAAAAAGGAAUAGAACGCAGGUGUCUUUAAAUGCAUUUUUUAUUUUUUUAAAACAAUUUUUUAUAAGGAAUAUUCCAGGUUCAAAACAAGUUAAGCUUGAUCAACAGCAUUUGUGGCAUGAUGUUGUUUACCCCAAAAAAUUAUUUCGACUCGUUCCUCCUUUAAAAAAAAAAAAAAACUCGAGGUUACAGUGAGGCACUUGAAAUGGAAGUGAAUAAAACCACUGACAUUAAAUCUUCUGUUGAAACUUGUGUAUUAUUUGAGCUGUAAAGUUGUUUAUAUCGGUUCGGUUGUUUUUAUAUUUUUCGGAUUGUUUUAGGGUUUACAAUGUUACAUCGUAAUGGCAACGAAGUUGUAAAAUAAGAUCGAAUAGUACAAAUACAAAGUUCGUAAGCAUUUUGUUUAUGUCAUGUGGCUAUACUUAUGAAACAGUUAGUAUUUGAACAUUUACAGAUUGGCCCCAUACACUUCCAUUGUAUGUGCCUCACUGAAACCCAGAUUUUAGCUUUUUUUCAAGUAAAAGUAAGGGGGGGGGGAAAGGUGUUGAAAUUAAGUGUUGUGGUAUUCCACAUUGGACCACAGAUUCUGCCAAUUCAGCUUAAUUCUUAUUGAACUGGAAUAUUCCUUUAACUCAAAAACGUCUGUCUAGUUUGUCUAAUAGCACAGUUGGACGCAAAAACAUAUUCCAUGUGAACAGCCCCUAAGACUAUAUUGGUGCCUUUGGUAGAGAUGAUCUGUGAAUGUCCACAUUUGGAUGUUGGGGAAAAUGGAUUUACUGGCCAUAUAGUGGUCAGAUCUGCUGUUGUCUCUAUUAUGUACAUUGUGUAUAUAAUACAACACAAGUAGGGCACAGGACCAAAAGCCUGUGGAAUUGAAGUAUUUUCUGGACUGGAAAUUUCGAGGGAAGCAUUCUACUACUGAACCUGUGGCUCAAUAAAACCACUGAAUUUUACUAUGAUAUGAGUGUACACUCGUACACAGCCUAUUCAGCCAUUCAUAUGGUUCAUAUUGUAUUUGUAUUGCCUAGGUCUUUGCUAUAGGCAUGAGUUAGAAGUCCCUUUUAUAGUCCCUCAGGCCUUAAUUUUGCACUCUUGAGUUGCGUAAUAUGUGAUUUAUACAUCCAGCUAAAUAUGUGAGAAAGAGAGAGGCUUUCUCUUAAUCAUGGUUUCAAAGGUUGUUCAGAAUUUUCAUUCAAUUUUCAAGUUCCUACAAGUUCGGUCAUUGGAUAGUUUUAUAUUCACUAAAUUUAGGAAAUAGAUACUUUGUGAUUUAUCAGUUCGUGGUGGCUUACAGGAGUGAUACUGUAACCAUAACAGAGGAAGAACAUUUGAAUUUAUUAAAACACUACAAUGCUCAAGUGAAAGUGGGUGGAGCCAUGUGAUGUCAUCAUUACACUUUCACAUAUUUCACUAAACAAACCUUUUUUUUAAAUUCUGAAAUUUGCUUUGAACAGCCCAAAGUUAUAGACUUCUGCGUUGGUAUGAGGGUUGGUUAAUUUUCCUAUCUUUUUCCUGUUUAGGUUAAGGUAACGUUGAGAGAAGGUCAGGUGCUUUUCAGACCGGGCGUUACCUGCCUCAUUGCUGAACUUUCUCUGCAUUCGAGUCCGGAGUUCAUGUAUAUUUAUAUAUGUAUUUGUUUUGUAUGUAUGCAGUUUCUAUUGUUCAGGAAAAGAUAGAUCUUAUUUUUAUAUGUACAUUAUUGCAAAUUUUUUAAAGUAUUUUAUACUUUUAUUAUUGUUCUCUGUAAAACAAGAGUAUUGUGUAAAUAUAGUUCUCUAGA